CAACUCUGUUUCAUCCCUUACCACGGUCCCGAUCACACUGCAGGAUACAUCCAGCGUGUACACAGCAAUGGGACUAGUGGGGCUACUCGUAAAGGCAAUUGGCCUGGGAACUGUCUUUCUCAUCACUCAAUACGUUCUGGCCUACCUCCAAUCCCCACUCAAGAAGAUCCCCGGGCCGUUCCUAGCCAAGUUCUCCAACAUCUGGCGCUUCUUCAACCAUUACGGCCAGACCCACAUUGAGACGCAGAGGAAGCUCCACGACCAGCAUGGUGACGUUGUCCGACUGGGUCCCAACACGGUCAGCAUCGCAGAUGCCAAUCUAAUCAAGACGAUCUACAAUACCCGUGGAACCUUUUUGAAGAGUGAUUAUUAUACCAUCAAUGAUGCCCUUCAAGAUGGCCACAUUAUCCAAAAUAUCUUCAGCACACGCAGCAAUGAGUUCCACGCUAAGACGGUCAAGCCCGUCCAGAAGUUGUACAGUCUUCAGAAUGCACUUCAGCUCGAAAGCAUCAUGGACGAAAAUCUCCGUGUCUUGUGUGCUCGUAUGGAAUCCCGCUUCACUGAAGGCAUCAACAAAGCCAAAACCUGUGACAUUGCCGAUUGGAUCUCAUUCUUCGCCUGGGAUUUCCUCGGCGACAUGACCUGGAGCAAGCGAAUAGGCUUCAUGGACGAAGGCAAAGACAUUGGUGAUAUCAUAGGUACUGCUGAGCGCGUGAUGCGUUAUUUCUCCGUGGUCGGCCAAAUCCCUGCUCUAGACAAAUGGCUUGGGAAAAACCCACAUUGGCCUCGUUCGCUGUACAAGUUCGAUGACUUCUCCGUCGCUGCUGGCUUCUCUGUCGAGCGUUUCAUGGAGCGCAUGCAAAACCCUGAACUCGGUCAAGGCAGGAACGACUUUCUCAAUGGCUUUCUCGAAGCAAAAAAGGAGCAUCCCGAGCUUGUUACCGACAAUGAGGUCAUCGGAUACAUGAUUAUCAAUGUGCUUGGUGGAGCUGACACACUCGCAAUCGUCAUGAAAGGCAUAUUCUAUCAUCUUCUCAAAACUCCUGCCUGCAAAACGCGUCUGGUACAAGAACUGCACUCUGCACGACUGUCUUACCCAACCCCCUACAGCAGCAUUGAGCAGCUUCCCUACCUUGAUGCCUGCAUUAAGGAAGGUCUCCGCAUGCACCCCGUCGUCGGCCAACUCUUUGAGCGAGUUGUGCCUUCUACUGGUCUCACAUUGGCCGAUGGAACUGUCCUACCGCCGGGCACAAUUGUUGGCGUGAAUCCGUGGGUCAUCCACUACAAAGAAGACGUGUAUGGAGAGAAACCGUACGAAUUCCGCCCAGAGCGUUGGCUGUGUGGCGAGAAGGAAGACGUGGCCAGCUACGAAGCUAGGAUGCGGAAGAUGAAAGAUGCCGACAUGACAUUUGGAGGCGGCAACCGUGUCUGCAUUGGUAAGGCGCUUGCUCUUGUAGAGGUGUACAAGGUCGUUGCAACUUUGUUUGGAAAAUACCAGAUUGACCUUGAGGAUCCUAUCAAAGAGUGGGAUUUGCACAAGCAAUGGUUUGUGUGGCCACACGACAUCAAGGUUAAGCUGAGCGCGUUCGCUAGCGCCUAGUCUGGUAUUUUGGCGGUAGUAAUUUGGGAGCAAUACUCUUGCAGCACGUGUUGCACUGUGAUUGCUAGCAAAUGGUUGUGUUGCGACGCAGUUGUAGGCACCGAUCAUUUUGCCCAGUCAUGGCAUUUGGCGUUAGAGGAGUCAGUCUUUAUUUUCUUGUUACCAGCUUGAAUGACCCAUGUACAUGUUUUGAGAACAGUGCACAACAAUUGGAUCCGCAAAGAUUUAUUCAAAUGCCAUGCA